UAUGGGCGACAGACCACCGCUUAUGUCUGAUAUGUUUCUCCAUCUGCAGUAUUAUUAUAUACGUAAAAAACUGCAGGAUUAGUAGAACUCUUUUAAGUGAAUCGUUAUUUAAUUUUGUAAAAUGAGUAAGAAACAAGUGGGAUCAGAGAUUGAAAUUGCACCUUUGAGGUCUCUAGAUGAUUUUCUUCUUGAGGCAGCUCGUUUCCAAAUUCCAAAUAUUAAAGAUUUGGAAAAAUGGGGCAAUCGAGUCACGAGCAACCUCCUUUAUUACCAGACAAAUUAUUUUUUGUCGGCUUUGAGCAUAUUUGUCAUAGUUGGGAUUAUUCAUCCGAUUAAAAUGGCUUGCGGAUUCCUGGCGACUGCAGUGAUUUUUAUGGUAUUCAUUUAUGUUACAAAUGAAAAAGCUAGCGCAGCUCAAUUCAAACGUCAACAUCCAAUAGUCUCCCUGUUUCUGAUAUUUGCAGGAUGUUAUUUUGUUGCCUAUAUGUUAAAAUCACUUUUGAUUUUUCUUUUCGGCAUACUUUUACCAUUUGCAGUUAUCUUCAUUCAUGCUUCACUAAGGCUAAGAAACAUUAAAAACAAAAUUGCAAACAAAGUAGAGAAUCUCGGUCUUAAAAGAACUCCAAUGGGGAUUUUUCUUGAAGAGAUGGGUCUGGAGAAUGAAAUAUUCUGAGUGCCAGUUUAAUUUCAAGCUGUUCUUGAGAUCAAACUGUAAGAAGAUUGUAAAACUGUAUUACAAGAUAAAACUUGUGUUAUUACCAAAAAGAGAAAAAACUAAGUUGUCAUAUAAAUAAUUAUAAGGUAUUUAUGUAUUUUUGUAUUGAAUACUUGUGAUAUAAUUGUUUUACCUUUAAAAUAUUGUAAGCAACUUACGCGAAAUUUGUAUUAGUUAUUAGUUUAUGAGGAUUUGCUCAUAUGAUAAUAUAUAUCUUAUUUGAUUAAAUAAAAGCUGUUAGCUCUG